AUGCCCACAGUGUUUGCUCUUGCGUCUGCCCCCUCACAUCUCGUAGUCAUCCCAGAGCUGUAUAUCACAAACCCCCAGCUAGUAGCAGUACUUUUUGAGCUGCUACAGGUCAUGGAUGAGCCAAGGGACCAUGAUCCCGCUCAGCCAACCGAUUUUGCAGGUUCAAGUCGCCCCCGCGAACGUCCUGAGCGAACACCUUCAUCUCAUCUACAACUUUCAAAUCCUAAUCCGCCACCUGUUCCUUUCUGCCACUCUCCUGCAGCAACAUCUCCACGUAAGACUAUUCUCGCACCUCACGUUGUCGUAUUCUGCCCAGAGGCAGACCCGGAAGAUUUCUUACGGCGCCUCAAGAUAUCUACCCCCCCCCCACGCCACCGCCAUCACAUAAGGCGGACCCAGCAGGGCAAACCAUUCAAUCCCAACACAGAUCCCAUUCCAAUGAGAUGCGCAACUCACCCUUUUUUAAUGCAACAAGUAGUUCAUCCCCGCCCCACAACACCCCCACUUCCCAUCAGAGAGUCCCUCCAGCAAGUUGCCAACUAUUCAAUCACAGGAAGGAUGAUCCUGUACAAUUUGCAGCUCUCGCCCGUCCAUCGUCAACUGGUGCCCCCCCUCCACCUUAACCUAAAUCAUCAAGAGACUGUCUACACAUCUUCGACUUCCUCAUAUGCUUGUUCAUUGACUUGA